AUGAGGAGAAAACAGCAUUAUUCGAAUCCGUCGUGUGUUUUUGUUCUCCUCUUUUCAUUCUUCCUAGGUCUAACAACACUACUCCCUUCUGUUGUUUCAUCGUAUCAUGUCUCGGAUGGGUCCCUCACAGAAGCCGAAACGAUGUACAUCAAACAUCGACAACUUCUUUACUACAGAGACGAGUUCGGCGAUAGAGGUGAAAAUGUUACGGUGGAUCCAUCUCUAGUUUUUCAAAACGACCGCAUCAAAAACGCUUACGUGGCGUUACAAGCUUGGAAACAAGCUAUUCUCUCUGAUCCAAACAAUUGCACUCUUAACUGGGUGGGUUCCAAUGUGUGCAGCUACACGAAUGUUUUCUGUGCACCCGCAUUGGAUAACCCUCAGAUCCAAACGGUUGCCGGAGUCGAUCUUAACCACUGUGAUAUCGCCGGAUAUUUGCCGGAGGAGCUUGGUUUGUUAACCGAUCUUGCUCUUUUCCAUGUGAAUACGAAUAGAUUCUGUGGAACGGUUCCUCAUAAAUUUGAGAAGCUGAAAAUCUUGUUCGAGUUGGAUCUAAGUAAUAACCGCUUCGCCGGAAAGUUUCCGGAGGUUGUUCUCCGGUUACCGUUGUUGAAGUUUCUAGAUCUGAGGUUCAAUGAGUUUGAAGGCACGGUUCCGAAGGCGCUUUUUGAUAAAGAUUUGGAUGCGAUUUUCAUCAAUCAUAAUCGGUUUGUGUUCGAUUUACCCGAUAAUUUCGGUAAUUCGCCGGUUUCUGUUAUCGUUCUGGCGAAUAACCGUUUUCACGGUUGUUUUCCGGCGGGGAUUGGAAACAUGACGAAUUUGAACGAGAUUAUUGCGAUGAAUAACGGUUUGCAGUCGUGUUUGCCGGCGGAGAUAGGGUUGUUGAAGAAUUUGACGGUGUUUGAUGUUAGUUUUAACAAAUUGUUGGGGCCGUUGCCGGCGGCGAUUGGGAAUGCGGUGGGGUUGGAACAGUUGAACGUGGCGCAUAAUAUGCUUUCUGGUCAGAUUCCGGAGAGUAUUUGUGCGUUGCCGAAUUUGGAGAACUUCACUUAUUCGUAUAACUUCUUCUCCGGCGAGCCGCCACGGUGUUUGGGUUUGCCGGCUUUUGAUGAUGAACGGAAUUGUUUGCCGGCGAGAAAGAAUCAACGGUCAGCGAGGGAAUGUAAGUCGUUUUUGUCUCACCCUAUUGAUUGCAGCUCUUUUAGGUGUAAAGCUUUUGUUCCUUCUUUGCCUUCACCACCACCUUCUCCCCCUGUUGUUGUUAUUCCACAAUCUCCUCCUCCACCGCCGCCAGUUUCUCUUCCUCCACCCUCGCCCGUGUUUUCUCCACCACCUCCACCUGUGUUUUCUCCACCACCUCCACCUCCGCCUGUGUUUUCUCCACCACCCCCACCUCCACCAGUAUAUUCACCACCUCCUCCUCCUCCUUCACCGCCUCCUCCUUCACCUCCACCACCACCUCCUCCAGUGUACUCACCACCCCCACCUCCACCAUCACCUCCACCACCUUUUUCCCCACCACCACCACCACCAGUGUAUUCUCCACCACCUCCUCCACCCUCACCUCCACCACCUUCACCCCCACCACCCUCUCCACCUCCUCCAGUUUACCCACCACCUCCACCACCGCCGCCUCCACCUCCUGUUAACUCGCCACCACCUCCAAGUCCCUCACCACCCUAUUGUGUUAGGUCUCCUCCACCUCCACCACCCAAUUCACCACCUCCACCAGCUCCUGUAUUCUCCCCACCACCGCCUGUACCUUACUAUUACAGCUCACCGCCUCCACCACCAUCUCAGUCACCUCCUCCACCACCUCAUUCACCUCCACCACCACCUCACUCUCCUCCACCACCUAUUUAUCCAUAUUUAUCACCCCCACCACCUCCUCCAGUUCACUCACCUCCACCACCAGUCCAUUCACCACCUCCACCAUCUCCACCACCUUGUAUAGAACCCCCACCACCACCUCCAUCACCUCCUCCUUGUGAAGAACAAUCACCUCCACCACCCCAUCAAACACCUUAUCUCCCACCACCAUCCCCAUCACCGCCACCAGUUUAUACCUCACCACCACCAGCACCAGUUUAUUUCUCUCCACCACCAGCACCAGUUUAUUCCUCUCCCCCACCACCAGUUCAUUACAAUUCACCACCACCACCAACAGUCUAUUCUUCACCUCCACCACCACCAGUCUAUUCUUCACCUCCACCACCAAUUCAAUACAAUUCACCACCACCACCUACACCUGUAUAUGAAGGGCCAUUACCACCAGUCUUUGGAGUCUCGUAUGCAUCACCACCACCACCACCCUUUUAUUAA